UAGACAUUCCACCUUAACACCAAAAAAACAUAUCUCACCGAAAACCAACCUCAAGAGUAAAAUCAAAUCCCUCAAAAUCCAUCUCUUAGAGAGAAAUGGAAGUUGUGAAUUCAACCAAAACGUUGUUUAUCUUAUCGGGGCAGAGCAACAUGGCCGGCCGCGGAGGUGUGGCGCAAAAACGUUGGGACGGCGUCGUCCCACCCGAGUGCGCCUCCGACGCCCAAAAAAUAUACCGGCUGGCCGCCAACCUCUGCUGGGAGGUGGCGCAAGAGUCACUCCAUCACGACAUCGACACAAAGAAGGCGUGCGGCGUGGGGCCCGGGAUGCCCUUCGCCAACGCGGUGAAGGAGCGCGUGGGGACGAUCGGGCUGGUACCCUGCGCCGUCGGCGGCACCGCGAUCAGGGAAUGGGCGCGUGGGGAGCACCUCUACGAGGACAUGGUGAAGCGGGCGAAAGCGGCCGUCAGCGGCGGAGACGGAAGCGAGAUCGCGGCGUUGCUGUGGUACCAGGGGGAGAGCGAUACGACGUCGCAGGAAGAAGUCGACGCCUACAAGCAUAAAAUGGAGGAGCUUAUCAACAACGUUCGUGCAGAUCUGAAUUUGCCUAAUCUUCCCGUUGUUCAGGUGGCAAUUGCAUCUGGAAUUGAAAAGAAAUACGUGGAUGAAAUCAGGGCAAUACAACUGGGAAUGGAUCUCCCCAAUGUUAUAUGUGUUGAUGCAAAGGGAUUGGAGCUGAAAGAGGAUAAUCUGCAUCUUACUACUGAGUCCCAGAUUCAGUUGGGCCACUCCUUGGCCCUAGCUUUUCUCGCCAAUUUUUGGACUGAGAAGGCCCAUGUCUGAUUGGGCUAUGAGAAUGAAUUCCAUGACCAGCCUAUUAUUGCAAUUUUAAUGUAUCACGAAUAAACUUUUUCCUUUUUUCAUGUAUGGAUCAAGUUAUAUUCAUCAAAUGUAUGGUGAAUUUGUCGAUUAUCUAAUAAUUCCAUUAAGUA